AUGAUUGUUGGUCUUGUAUUUUCAUUGAUUUUAACAUGGAUUAUAUCAAUAAUUCAACCUACUUCAUGGUAUGGUAAUUCAACAUUAGCCAUAUUUCUUUUUAUUUUACCAUGUUUAAUUGGUUUUAUUAUUUUUCAAUCUAUAUUUGAUCUAUUACAUCUUUGUAUUCUUCGAAAAUCUUCUCAAAAUUCAAAUGAAUAG